AUGGUUUAUUUAUGGUUUACACUAUCUGCUGAACUGUUUGAUAAACUGUUGCAACAGUUUAUAUGUGCAGAUGUUAUUCUGAAUUUGCUAACCCUUGUUCAUGCAGGGGGAGCUGACUCCGCUGUGAACCACCUGCCGAAGCCACUACUGCUGGAACAGUUGCUGAAACUGUGGCACUUGCUAUUGCAGCAGUUGAUGCCACUCUUGUUGUUGGAUGUUCCUUUAAUGCUGAGGAUGAUCCUUCGUUUUAUUGUGGCACUUGCUGGAACAGUUGCUGAAACUGUGGCACUUGCUAUUGCAGCAGUUGAUGCCACUCUUGUUGCUGGAUGUUCCUUUAAUGCCGAGGAUGAUCCUUCGUUUUAUUGCUUCCGUCUAUCAUUUGAUUGUUUUCUUUUCAGGAAGAAUUAUGAACGUAUAAAGAGGACUUCAAGCAUCGUUAUCUGUGAAGUUCAGGUAUCUAACCAUUGGCAUUCAUCACGCGUGCUUAUAAAUGAGGAUAUACCUGCAAUUAAUGAGUUCAAAUCGAGUCUCAUUCGGAGUAAACCAAAUAGCGGUCAAGUGAUAAGUCAAAUAUCGUCGCAGUCUUCUUACUCGAUGGAAGAUGAUUUCAUACAUAAGACUGUCAGAAAAAAUUUGGACGAACUGAGUGACACAAAUGAGCCUGGCAAAUAUGUUGUAUUGGCCACUAUUAAGGGUCUUGUGAAAACAUCAAAGUGGUGGUACAAUGGUUGCAUUAAGUGUAAUAGAUCUGCUAGACAGGAUUCAAAAAUGUGGUAUUGUCACGUUUGCAAAGCUCAUUGGCCUACUGCUAAGCCAACUUAUAAAGUUGAAGUCAUUGUCAUGGACGAUACAAAUUCAGCUUCGAUGAUUGUAUUUGGGAAAGAAGCUGAAAGGAUGCUAGAUAUUCCUGUAGAAGCAUUAAUUCAAACAGUCCAAAACAGGGGAGAAGAACCUGUGGAGUAUCCUAUGGAACUUGAGGGGUUGAUUGAUCGAAGAAUGUUAUUCAAAAUUGCUAUCAAGGGUGAUAAUGUUGCCAAUGAAGAUCAUAAAACCUACAAUGUUCAAAAAGUUUGCACAGAUGAUGCUAUCAUUGCUUCAUUUUUGAAGCAUUACGAAAUGGAUGCGAAACAUGAUAAUGGUUCAUCGUCGCUGAGUGUCAAUUAUGACAACGAUGGGUGUGUCUUCUCAUCAAAGGACUCUGGAACGUGUUCUAAUUUUAACGAUGGCGUUGUGGAUGGUGAUAUCACAACUAAUGCUAUUGUGGAUGAUGAUGUCAACGCUAUUACUCCAAUGAAGCGAUCCAACGAUUGUAUUUUGGAUAGUAUUCUCAAUGAUCCUACCGUCCAGCAAUCAUCCACCAAAUUAUUGAAAAAGAUCAAACAAGAGAAAAUGGAGUAA